CACAACAAGUGACUGAUAAAAGGCAGAUGUUCRGGACUACUGGCCUUGUGAUCAUCUGAGAAGGGUUUUCAAAAGCCUCCACCCACGUCUUGCGGCUCAGUUCAUGUUGAUUGUACUUUGCUCCUGCUGCUUUCUUUUCUUUUCAUCUGCAACACGUCUGAUCAAAGCUCCAUGGACAAGAAGGUGGUGCUGAUCACAGGCUGCUCUUCUGGGAUCGGUCUCAGUUUGGCUGUCCGCUUGGCCUCUGACCCCAACAAGGCCUUCAAAGUCUAUGCCACAAUGAGGAACCUGGCCAAGAAGGAACGUCUGUUGGAGUGUGUGAAGGACCUGCACCAGGAGACCUUAGAGAUACUUCAGAUGGACGUGACUGACCGACAGUCCAUCCUGAAGGCUCGAGACAGCAUCGUGGAGAGACGAGUGGACAUUCUGGUGUGUAACGCUGGUGUGGGUUUGAUGGGGCCACUGGAGCUGCAGUCUUUGGACUCGAUGAGGAAUAUUCUGGAAGUCAACCUCUUCGGAACCAUUCAGACCAUUCAGGCCUUCUUAUCAGAGAUGAAGGCUCAGGGCCAGGGCCGCAUUCUGGUCACUGGCAGCACCGGAGGGCUUCACGUGAGUCUGAUCGAGUGCGGUCCAGUCAACACCAACUUCCUGGUGAAUCUGCAGAAGGCGGAGCUCGGAGAUCCAUGUCUCCAACAGGUUGAUGCCCAAACACUCAGUCUGUAUGAAAAAUACCUGCAACACUGCAGCGCUGUGUUCCAAAACGCUGCUCAGGAUACUGAGGACAUUGUAAAGGUAUUUCUCRCUGCCAUCCAGUCAAGCAGCCCUGCGUUCAGAUACUUCACCAACAGCUCCCAGCUGAAGGUCGCAGAUCCAGAUGGAACCCAGUAYAUCAGAGAUAUGAGCAAGAUCAUUUUCUCAGCCGAGGAAAAAUCUUUUUAAACAUUUUGUUCCGACAAAACAACCAGAUUCUCUGCAGAUGUUAGGGGUUUUUGUGUAAAGAGCUUUUUCUAAGUUUAGCUCAGAGUUUUAUACCUCGUUCUGUUUUUGUGCAUCACGUUACACUGUUGGGGAAAAUGUUAGUUUUGAGUCAUUCCACGGUCUUUGCAUUGCUCUCAGUAACACGCUCGCCACAGUUUGUGUAAAUUAUCUGCUAUUUCUGAGUUUCCAGAGGAGGUUAUUUUAAUAGAAACAUAAAAUAGGUGCUURUGUAAAUUUUGGUUCUGCCUUUUUUUUAAGCGUUUAAAAAUAAAAUGGCCAUUUUUGUCUGUUGACCAAAAAGCACAUUCCACAGAAAACAUAUUCAUCAGAAAUAAUAAAUCUACA